UCAUUCGCGCACCAUUACCUCAAGGAAGGUGAUACCGUGUGUGUAAAACGAUAAUAAUAUACAUGGAAAUAAUUGUGUACGUGUUAUGUGAUAUUUUCAUAUACGCGUGUGCUUCCUGAGCGUAAUUCUGAAACAGCUAUUAAUCUUUUGUGAGCAAGUUAAAGACACGUUUUGAACAACAAUUUUAAGGUAGCGGAGUGCGGAAGAGAGAUAUUGUCUCUCCACACCAAUUCAACGCCGACGAGCUGGGGAUAGGAGAAAGGCUUACGCUCAACUCCGACCCCUUUAGGAGGUGGCCUCCGUCGGAGACCUGGUUCGGGGUGAACGGCGAGGUAACGAUGAGUCUAAUGUUGUACAAACUAAACGCGAGCCCUCCGGCGCGCACUGCCAUGAUGGUGUGUGAACUCUUCAAGGUUCCUGUUAAAAUGGUUGACGUAAAUUUAUCAAAAGGAGAACAUUUUUCCCCGGAAUAUUUAAAGAGAAACCCUCUUCACACUGUACCUACACUAGAAGAUGGCGACUUGAUUAUUACUGAUAGUCACGCGAUUGCAAUGUAUCUCGCCGACAAAUAUGGAAAAGACGAUAGUCUGUACCCCAAAGACUUAAAAAGCAGAGCAAUAGUGAACCAAAGGUUAUUCUUUGAUAGCACGGUGUUGUUCUCUAGAAUGAGAAGUGUUACUGUUCCAGUCAUAAUUGAAGGAUGUAAAACUGUCACGGAGAAGCAAAUUAAUGACAUUAUCGAAGCAUAUGGUUAUGUUGAAACUUAUCUAUCAAACACCAAAUUUAUAGCCACCAAUAACUUGACGAUUGCUGACAUUUCUGCCUACGCCGUAGUUUCAUCUCUCCUUUUUAUUGUGCCUUUAGAUGGAGCCAAAUUCCCCAAAACACAAACGUGGUUGAAUGAAAUGGAAAAGAAACCUUUUGCACAGAAAUAUAAUGUGAACGGCGCGGCCGAAUUGGGCGCACUAUUGAAAGAGAAACUUGGAUCUUAA